AUGAAUAAGGAAAUUAUUAAAGAAUAUGCUAUAUAUGUACUUGCUGUUCAAAAAUAUUGUCAAUAUUCUCUUACAGAGCAUGAUAUUAAUAAUAUUCAUUUAUUAUUUCAAAGUUUUUAUUUACAUUAUAAAAGAUUUUAUGAUCAAUUUAAUAAAAAAUAG